CGUAUAAUGAAUCUAGCUAUGCUACUCAUGACCCAUUCAGCAUAUCUCUUACCAUGUCCUUCAGGAACAGAGGCAAGCAUGGCCCAGAGUGCCGUAGGGCGCCCUCUAAAAUGUCGGCAAUAGAGCAACGCCUGUAUCAAUUCAAAGACCGUAAGGGAGCAGAAAUAUUCGAGCCUACUGUUGGAACAACAUUUGACUCCAGCCAAGAAGCAUACGAAUUUUAUAAUCUGUACUCAUGGGAAUGUGGAUUCGGUAUUCGUCAUGGGAAGAGCAGAACUAACACAAACAACUAUAGGAGCAUGCACGAGCUAGUCUGCCAGUGCGCGGACAAGGCGAGAAAGGAAAACGCAUCAUCAUGCAAAACUGAUUGCAAGGCAAUGAUCAAAUUGCUUCGUACAAAGGACCAUGGCUGGUAUGUGAGUGCAUUCGUCAAAGAACACAACCAUCGGUUGUCAUUGGGAUAUGAUGCGAAGAUGCAGUGGAAUUCGCACAAUCAUAUUGACGCAAUAUCACAGGAUUUCAUAAAAAAUCUCCGUGAGAAUAACAUCAGUAUAACUAAGGUCUAUAACAUACUGGGCGGACUUGGAGCUGGUCCGCAAGCUGUGCCAUACCGCAAGCAGUUGAUGCGUACAUUGUGCUCCAGGUACUCCCAGGAAACUAUAAAAGAUGACCUGUCCAAAACAAUGAGUCUCCUGCAAGAGAUGAAGGCUCAGGACAACAACUUGAAGGUGGAGGUUGAUGUGGAUGCAGAGGGACGAGUCCGAUCGAUGUUGUGGUGUACCGGCAAGAACCGUCAGGAUUAUGUGCACUUUGGAGACGUGGUCACUUUCGACACAACUUACAAAACAAAUCUAUAUAACAUGCCAUUUGGUCUAUUUGUUGGCGUCAACAACCACUUCCAGUCGGUUAUCUUUGGAGGUGUCUUGAUGCGUGAAGAAACCGAAGUGGCAUUCAAGUGGGUGUUUAGCACGUUCGUCACCAUUAUGGACAACAAACAACCCGUUACUAUUCUUACAGACCAGGCACAGGCAAUGAAGGGUGCAAUCGAGUCUGCGCUUCCAGAAGCAAGGCAUCGUUGGUGCAAAUGGCAUGUUCUGUGAGACGCCAAAGAAAAGAUCGGCCAUGUGUACAACAAAUUCUCUGGAUUCAAGAAGCAAUUUCACCCUCUCAUCAAUGAUAUUAUGUGUGUGGAGGAGUUUGAAGACAGGUGGUCCAAGUUGGUAGCAAAAUACAAACUCAACAACAAUGAUUACAUGACAAGGCUUUUCGACAAGAGAGCAAUGUGGGCCAAGCCGUAUUUCAAGGAGAUUUUCUGCGCAGGGAUGACAAGCACCCGAAGGAGCGAGAGUGCCAAUCAUAUGUUGAAGCAGUACAUACAACGAUCAUCUCCCAUGCAUGUUUUUGUUCGUCAAUACGGGAAGUUUCUCGGUGCCAGAAGGAGCGAGGAGGCUAGGGAAGCACACAUGAC